ACUCCACCUUUUCUUCAACUUCCAUUGCAUCGUGCCCGAAUUUGUGUUAUCCUUCUCCUCUCUCACAGUGGAACACAUUCAGGAGUCAGACCACAAACUCCGUCUCGACCACAGGGCAUCAUCAGCGCAUUCAACUUCUACUACAUAGUGUCGCGCAUUCCUCUAUACCGGGACAUCGCCCCAAGUCGGCUAAUUGUCCGUGCUCUUAUGUUGAGGCGCGUCCGUUGACCAUCGGCUUGUCGUGAUCCUCGACCAUGGACCCCAACUCUCCAGAUUCAUCAAGCGAAGGGAAGAAGAGGAAGAAGUCAGCCUGCGACUACUGCAAGUCGAAGCGGGUCAUAUGCCACCCUCAGCCUGAUGGCAAGCCAUGUCCACGAUGUGCGGAGAAGGGAGUGGAGUGUACGACAACAAUCGCUCCGAAACGGACGAGAGGGAAGGGAAAGAAGACUCUGAUGAAGGAGGCCGCUGCCGCUGGUUUGACCAUUCCUACACCCGAACCUCGUUCUUCGAGUCGACGCGCGGAACCCAUACCUGGACCCAGCAGCGCACUCGUAAUACGCGGUGACUCACCUGAACCUCCCCCUCUUAUACUGCCCAGCACUUUGGUCCAGGAUGCUCUCGAAAGUACGCAUACACAUUUAGAUGUCCGUAUCGCCCCCCGCUUACGACCGCAACCAGUCUUCACGCGUUUUCCUCCUGCGCAGAACCCACUGUUUUCGACGGAGACUCUUCGUGCUGCCCUCGAAGAAGUUGGCUGGGACCCUGCGCGUCUCGACCCAUCUCGUCGCGUGCUCACCCACUGCAUCCUCGCGUUUUCCUCCCUUGUCUCCGUUGACCCGUACUUCGUCGGCUGCGACGCCCAAGGCGGCCGCUUCCCAGAUCGCCUCGUCCAGUGGGAUCCGCUCAACCUCAACACGCGCAGCAACCUCGACUCCACCCUCGGUGGGGUCGAUGUCGCGGAACUCGGCAGGCGACGGCGCGACAUCUCACGCCGCUUACACGAGGAGGCGCUCCGUUUGGCGCGGAAGGAGGGGAUCGCGACGCACGCGUCGAUGGAUAAUGUGGCGUCGUGCUUUCUGCUGGAUUGCAUCGAGAAUCCGGACGACCCUGCGGAUCGGAUGGGGUGGGCGGCUGCGUAUGUGUGGCAGUUCAGGUCGCUGGCGGAGUUGGGGAAGCUGGACUGGCAGCAUUCGAUAACGACGCUGAAUGGACACAUCGUCCGCUUGCAGUGGCGAGGUUCACUGAUGGUCUUAGCAUUGCACGCGUUGACUAUCGAUAGGACGCUCCCAUUCUCCGCAAGCGAUGAAGAAAUCAUCUGUGGACCCGUGAGCACGACUUUCGAGGACGCGCUCGCACGCGCAUCAUCCCUCACACCUGACGCAGCGGUGGUGCUCCUCAUGAAUUCGCUUUUGAAUCGCACGAUACACCUAGCGAGAGAUUGCGUCGAAAGCCUCAGCGGACUUGCCGCCCGUCGUCGCCCCCUCGACGAGGUCGCUGCUCUCCAGAUGAUCUCCGCCAUGGAGCUCUUCCAAGCCAGCGCCAGCCGCUUCCGCGCUUACAUCCUCUCCCUCGGUAACCACCCCGAGCUACGCGUCGGCCUCCACGCCUGCGCUCACGCCCUCGGCACGCUUGCAGUCUCCCUGUACCGCGCUCUCCAGGCGCGCACCGUCGACUCCGCCGUGCGCGACCCCGCUGGGGCGGCACGUUUGGCUGCGCAGCGCCGUGCAGCGAAGGCGAUUGCGGUGAGGGCGGUGGUGAAGGGGAGUGUGGAUGUGAGACGGGCGAUGAGUCCGUAUAGGCUGCGCUUCAAGCAGUUCUCGGGGCUGGAUUCGUGGGCGGAGGUGUUGAUUGGCGACAAGUCGGGGGCGGUGAGUACGGACGAGCGCGCGGAGGCGCUGUUGAGGUUGCGCGACGUUGUGAGGUUCAGCAGCUUCGCCGGAGUGGAUAUGAGCGCGACGACCAAGGCUAUCAAUGAAGAGCUGGACGUCAUUCGCUCAGCCUCGACCACCCAAAUCGCUGAGGAGACUCCACAUACCUGGGAGGUGGAUACGCCGGAAGCCUGGCGGGGCCUACCGAUGGACAUGCCCGUGGAUGAUGAUAUCGGCGCAGGAUUGGCCAGCUUGAGCACGCAGCAAAUCCCAACCGAUGUCAGCACCUUCGACCGCUUCGCGAAUUUCUGGGCGAUAUUCCACGGAGGUACUGGGACGGACCUGUCGACUGUGUCCGCCAUGGACCCUCUGCAUCCCAUGGAUCCCAUGUUUAUGGAGGGGACGUAUCAGUCGGAUGAAUUUAUGACUGGCGAAGGAGGUCAGGGGUACUGACUACAACACCUAUCUCUAACCGAGUCAAUACUUUACCGUGUACAUGAAAUAGGGAUUAUUCACGCGAGUCUGCGCUAUAGCAGAGGGACUUUGGACUUGGGUGGCAUGCCGCGCCCCUAUUCGCGAUUAAUCAUUCGCCAGAAAUGAUCGCGAAGGUUAAUUACUCUUCGCGCAUUUCUUCCUCGACUUUCAUCCCCCUCUCCCUCCCCAUCCUCCCCCUCCCCCUUCCC